AAUGAUCAGAGGCAGAGCAGAUGGAGUUUGGACAUCAUCAGGUACAGUUCGCGCGCUGCUGAGGCGUUUCCCGCGCGUCUGCUGAUCUCUGACUCGCAUUUUCCUUGCCCGCAGCUUUUCCUCUGCCAGACUGACGACUGUUUUGAACACUUUGGAGUUUAUUUAGCCCGGGACGCAGAAGCGGACAUCGGUCAACCGUGAUUCUGCUCGAGUCCGUUUGCUGUACGGAGUUUAAAGAUGAGCGCGAGUGGAAACGCGGCGUUGGGGGUGCAUUUAACGGAGGAUCAGGUUAAAGUUCUGGAGGAGAAUUUCACGAAGGUCAGCAAACACCCGGACGAAACCACGCUGAUGCUGAUCGCGGCGGAGUGCGGGCUGAGCGAGGAGCAGACGGCGGUAUGGUUCAGAAUAAGAAACGCUCAGUGGAGGAAAGCUGAAGGACUUCCAGCUGAACUGGGCUCAGUGAAGGACUGACGGAGGAGCUUCAUUCUUCACCUUUUCUCCGUCUGAAUCUGCUCCAGUGAUUGAUCAUCUCACUGUCUCUCGUUUAUCAUCUGAGGAUGUUUUCUAAAAGGGAUUGUUCACCCAAAAAUUACAGUUAUCAUCGCUUACUCUCAUUUAUUAAACACCACUUGAUUUAAACCUUCUUUCUGUCGAACACAAAAGAAGAUAUUUUGAAGAAUGCUGAAAAUCCAUUGACUUUCAUUAAUGCUAUUGACUAAUGGUUACCAAUUUUUUAGCAUCACACUAUGGAUAUAACCAUGAUGUCUAUCAUACUAUAGACAUAGUAUGAUAGAUAUGAUAGGUUUAUUUCUUCAUUUUAGGACUAUAGAUAAGAAAUAAACACAGCAGCAAGUGUAAAACUGUUUGUUUUAUCUAUAAACCUACAUGAAAAAUGAAAAAUAAUCUAGAUUUCUUUAAUAAAAGACCAAAAGCUUGUCCUCUGCUUUCAUUUUUCAUCUCUAAUGUAAUCAACGAUCAUUUGUUUUUACACUGAAAACAAUGAUAAUCUAAAAAUAAUACUAUGGAAGUCAAUGGUUACCGAUUUUUCAGCACCAUACUAUGGAUAUAAAUAUGAUGUCUAUUAUACUAUAGACAUCGUAUCUUUCAGAUGACACUAUGGAAGUCUAUGGUUACCGAUUUUUCAGCACCAUACUAUGGAUAUAAAUAUGAUGUCUAUCAUACUAUAGACAUCGUAUCUUUCAGAUGACACUAUGGAAGUCAAUGGUUACCGAUUUUUCAGCACCAUACUAUGGAUAUAAAUAUGAUGUCUAUCAUACUAUAGACAUCGUAUCUUUCAGAUGACACUAUGGAAGUCAAUGGUUACCGAUUUUCACCUUUCUUCAAAAUAUCUCCUUUUGUGUUUGAGAGAUGAAUAAUGGUUUCUAAACACCUGAGGGAGAGUAAAAAAAAUGAGUAAAUUUACAUUUUUGGGUGAACUACCCCUUAAAGUCUGAUUAUUUUUUUAUUCUGUAUGCCAUAUAUAUAUUUUAUUGCCAUAUUAGCUAUCAAAUGUACGUGAAUGAGCUAAACGUAAGCACUUGUAUAUAAAGAAUUACAAAUGUUUGAACUUAAUUUCAUGUUUUCAAGGUUUCUUUCUUCAUUUUAGGAUUAUAGAUAAGAAAUAAACACAUCUGCAAGUGUAAAACUGUGUGUUUAAUCUAUAAACCUACAUGAAAAAUGAAAAAUAAUCUAGAUUUCUUUAAUAAAUGAUUAAAUGAAGACCAAAA